AUGUUUGCCGUAUCUGUAGGCGUCGAGGAACCGGUGGGCCGAGGUUCCCACCGCGCGGCAUCUCCGCCUUCUUCCCCUUCCAGGAGCUCUCGGACGGGACUGUCUGAUAGCGCGAAAGCUCGUGCGCCCGAGGGACACUACGCGCCUGGAAAGGGCCCCACGCAGGCCUUGCGGGUUGCGUGUGAAAAGGGAAGAAGAAGGAGGCUUAUUAAGUGGGCGUGUAUCGUCUCGUAUGUUUCCAUCUUCAUGAGCAUCCUCUUUGGCGUUGCUGCCAUGAUCUGCGGUGUCAUGGGAGACGUCAUUCUCUCGCUCGUUGCCCUGGCCUUCGAAACGUGGAUCGACAUGCUCUCGUCCGUCGCGGUUAUUUGGCGCUUUCAAGAAGACGAGGCGCUGACCAACGGACCUUCGACUCUUCUCCAUCCACCUCCCCCGUAUCGCACCAGCGGGUCGACUGUAGCCUCAUUAAAACGCGAGGAUUCGAGUGCCUCUACAGCUUCCCCUGGUUUCAAGGAUGACGAGGGACCGAAGCGUGCAGGCUCUGUGACUUCCUUGGCGGCGUCGACUUCUCCCAAGCGGUCUCCCUCGACUCCCUUGGCGUCUUCCUCCCCUCGCUCCUCCGCCUCGGUGCCUUCGUCUCCGGGCCGUUUGUGCGGCGCCCCGUCGCCGUAUGAGUGCGUGAAGCCCGAACUGUCGGUGGAGAAAGAGCAACAAGCAAAGCAAGACGGUCAGUCCGCCGCUUCGCAAGAGGACGCGUGGAACAGUUUGGCUGUGAAAAUGCGAACUGAGCCUCCGUCCCCGUCGCGGCUCAGGCCGGGAUAUGCCUCGCAGGCGGCCCUCGCCGCGACGGCGAGCCUGGAGAUGAGUCCAAACAGCCAAACUGCACUUCCGUUUGCAGCCUCGCUGCCUCCGCUCAACCGAGGCAUGUCACAUGCUGCACGAGAGCGGCAGUCGUCGAUGGCAGUGGGUGCUCUGUUUAUUGCUCUCGCCGUCUGGGUUUCGAUUCACUCCAUCUGCGACCUUGUCAGUACCGGCAAGAGGGGGACGGCGCCCGAAGGUGGGCCGAGCAACGGAGAGCUUUCACAGGAAACGACAAAAGAGUACCGCUCGGCCCUCCUCACAUGCAUCCUUUGCUGGCCAAGUGCCCUCGUUUUCGGAGCUCUCGCGCUCGUCAAAUUCGACUUAGCGGCCCGACUUCGGAGCCAGGUUCUUGGGCGAGAUGCAAUGUGCUCAGCUUUCGGCGUCGCGCUGUCUCUCGUCGCGGGAAUUGUCAGUUUCAUCGCUCUGGGUCGGGUCACGCCGGGACUCCACGGAGGCGCUAAUGCGGCUUCGCAUGAUGUCACAAGCUACGACGCCAUCGCAGCGCUCGUGAUUGGCGGCAUGAUGCUGGUCGAGGGUCUUCGAACGGUCGCGGCGAACUGGAAACCGACCCAGCAGGAGCUCCUGAGUUCAAACCAAAUUCUCGUUGUUGCGAGUCCAAGUGCCUACGCAGAAUCAUGA